GCCGCGCGAGGCUCUCCACGGCCCCGCGCGCCCAGAGGCUGCAGCGGGGCCCGGCGAGCGAGGAGGGUGGCGGGCGUACGCCAGGGGGUGCGUGGUGAGGGAAGGCUGUGGGGCCGCCGCACCCGCCCCGCCCCGCUCGCUUGGUCGGUCGGUCCCGCCACUGCCCCGCAAUGUGAGGAGUCAGCAAGUUUCCCAGCGGCCGCUGAAUCUCCGAUGGGGGUGGACCGCAUUGCGCAGGCGCGGCUCGGCCAGGGCCGGUGUGGGGCACGCUGGGAGUUAUAGUCGGCGGGCGGCGCUGCGGGGCCGCGGCGCUGGCAGCGGCACUACGAGUCCCGCAACACCCUGCGCGGGCGGCGCUGCGAGGAGCCCGAGUUGAAGCGGGCGGUGGUGGUGCGGCCCCCUCCCCCGCCCCCUGCAGGGAGCAGCGCGGAAGGCGGGAGUGGCCGAGCGGCGCAGCGAUGGUGGCGGGCGGGGGCGCCCGGCGCGGGGGGCGCUGAGCCGGCGCCGCCGCCCGCGCCCCAUGGACGGCAGACAUGGACUACGAGUUCAAGUCCAAGCUGGCGGCCGAGCGCGAGCGGGUGGAGGACCUCUUCGAGUACGAGGGCUGUAAAGUGGGCAGGGGCACCUACGGACACGUCUACAAGGCCCGGCGCAAGGACGGAAAAGAUGAAAAGGAGUAUGCACUGAAGCAAAUUGAAGGUACAGGGAUAUCCAUGUCGGCCUGUAGAGAGAUUGCACUUUUACGAGAAUUGAAGCACCCUAAUGUCAUUGCGUUACAGAAGGUUUUCCUUUCUCACAGUGACAGAAAGGUUUGGCUGCUGUUUGAUUAUGCCGAACAUGAUUUGUGGCAUAUUAUCAAGUUUCACCGUGCCUCAAAAGCAAAUAAAAAACCCAUGCAGUUGCCAAGAUCUAUGGUUAAAUCACUACUCUACCAGAUCCUUGAUGGAAUACAUUACCUCCAUGCAAACUGGGUGCUUCACAGAGACCUGAAACCAGCAAACAUUCUGGUAAUGGGAGAAGGUCCUGAAAGAGGAAGAGUCAAAAUAGCUGACAUGGGUUUUGCCAGAUUGUUCAAUUCACCUCUAAAACCAUUAGCAGAUUUGGAUCCAGUCGUGGUGACAUUCUGGUACAGAGCUCCAGAACUGUUACUUGGUGCCAGGCAUUACACGAAGGCCAUUGAUAUAUGGGCAAUUGGCUGCAUAUUUGCUGAACUAUUGACUUCAGAACCUAUUUUUCACUGUCGUCAGGAAGACAUCAAAACAAGUAAUCCUUUUCAUCAUGAUCAGCUAGAUCGCAUUUUCAGCGUAAUGGGAUUCCCUGCAGAUAAAGACUGGGAAGAUAUAAGGAAGAUGCCAGAAUACCCUACACUUCAAAAAGACUUUAGGAGAACAACAUAUGCCAAUAGUAGCCUCAUAAAAUACAUGGAGAAACACAAGGUCAAGCCUGACAGUAAAGUUUUCCUUUUGCUUCAAAAACUUCUCACUAUGGAUCCUACAAAGAGAAUUACCUCAGAGCAGGCUUUGCAGGAUCCCUACUUCCAGGAGGAUCCACUACCUACAUCAGAUGUGUUUGCUGGCUGUCAGAUUCCUUAUCCAAAACGAGAAUUCCUCAAUGAGGAUGAACCCGAAGAGAAAGGGGAUAAGAAUCAGCAGCAGCAGAAUCAGCAUCAGCAACAAACAGCACCUCAGCAGCAACAGCAAGCAGCACCUCAGCAGCAGCAACAGCAACAAAACAGUACCCAGACAAAUGGGACGGCAGGAGGAGGUGGAGCAGGAGGAGGGGGCACUGGGGCAGGACUCCAGCAUAGCCAGGACUCCGGCCUCAAUCAGGUGCCUCCAAAUAAGAAACCACGCAUAGGGCCUUCAGGCACUAACUCAGGCGGGCCUGUUAUGCCUUCAGAUUAUCAGCACUCCAGCUCACGCCUGAGUUACCAAAGCAACAUUCAGGGAUCUUCUCAGUCCCAGAGUACAAUGGGCUAUUCCACAUCAUCUCAGCAGAGCUCUCAGUAUCACCAGUCUCAUCAAUCUCACAGGUACUGAGAGGCCUAAUAGACUGUGCUUGGAAAGGAAUGGACUAAAAGCCAGAAGACUCCAGCAAUAUGAAGUUCAUAAUAAUGAGAAGAACCAAAAAUGCAAACUGCGAUGCAGAUUUAAAAUUCACAAUUACAAGAGGAAAACUUUAGUUACUGAAGAUUUUUUUUCAGACAACUCUGUCUUUUCAUCAUUGCCAUAAAGGAGAUUCUUGUGAAGUGCCCCCCAGCUUCCCCUCGCAUGUGUCCUGUUGUGGUUACUCUGAUGAAAUCUUCUGAUCUGAACCCAGCACUUAACUUCUUUAACUUUUGGAAUUUUUGAAGGAUUCCUGGUGCACCUUUCUCAUGCUGUAUUGAUCGCCAUAAGUCUAUCUUUGCAAAUCUCUUUAAUGGGAUUUUACAGUUUUAAAAUCUUGAACUCCCAGGCUUUCAAGCUUGUAUAUAGUUAGUUUUUUACUAGGCAAACCAGUUUAGCUAUACAAGUAUAAUGCACCUUUUUAAAGCACUAUGUUAUUUUCACAGGAUAUUACUGUUUUGCUCAUGGAUGUCAAGAAAAGCGAAUUUUACUGUUCCAGAGUAUUUUACUAUUCUGUUUUUAUUAAUCUAGUUUUCAGGCAAGGUCUUAAAAAAAAAAAUUAAAAUAAAAUAAAAAAAAAUAAAGGAAAGAAAAGAAAAGAAAAAAAAGUACCCAACCCAAGUCUCUGCAGCAGCUAAUAUGCUGCAUGCUACUGGACCGAACACCAAACAGAAGAUCAUGAAUGUUUUUUAAAUCAUUCAUAUUGAAUCCCAUUGAUUACAGCUAUCACCUUCUAAGUAGCUUUGAAUUAAACAUUAUUUUAAAUUAGACCAUGAUGGUUACAUGAAAAGGAGAUGGCCUUCAGGGCUCUGCUGGAACAAAGCAAUGGAACAUCUUCCCUGGUUGUGCACCCAGAAUAGCCAGGAAUAUGCAUUGACUGGCCUCACGUCUUGAUAGAAGAGAGUGUGGGGAUGAAGGGCUUGUCUUUCUGUUAAACAGCUCUUUAGUAUGUUCUGUAAAUCCUGCUUUUGAUGUUGCAGUCUCUUUUGUUGGUUUCCCUGAAUCAUUUAUCUAAAUACAGAAAAUAUUAAGACUUAUAAAGAACAAAGAAGUAUCCGUCUUUACAUAGGAUCAUUACAUUUAAGUAAAAAUAUUGUACAUUUUAAAGAGCAUGUUAAAAACUGUUCUAGUUUCUCAUGUUUAUAGUGGAUAUUCUGUAUUCUUCCCAUUGCUGUGAUUAUCCCAGAUUAGUUACACCAGAUGCACUUGAUUGCACUGAAAUAGGUUGGGGUUUUAUUUGGUGUUUUUUUUCCCCUUCCCCCAAGAGCAAAUAUAUUUUGAUUGUGCCUGAGGACUGUAAGUGGAUGGAUAACAGGCAGGCUAUGCCAGGUAAAUAAUCAGCAUUCACAAGCAUAAUCAGAGGACCACAAUUCAAUUAAUGAAGCCUCAGCUAUUCAGAGAAACGUAACAUAACUUGAGGCAGCUCCAUUUUAUAUUUCAUUGCUUAAAGAAGGCUCAUGAUUCUCAUUGCACUAAAACUGGAAAGACAUUUAUUUACUUUAAAAUGUUACGAGCUGGAUAAGCAGCCCCCGGCUUUUUUAAUUGAUUGCUGAAAAAAAGGUAGCAGAAGGAGCAAGCUAUGUAUAAAAAGGGCAUAUUAUUGGAAUUUACACUUUACAGUGUGGUCUCUUCUGUCUGACUCCGUGUUCUAGCCCGAAUCCAUGUGAGAAUUUAGAUGUAAAGCAGUAAACAUUUCACAAUAAAUUAGUGGUAGAUGUUAGCAGGGUGUUAGAUAUGUAUGCCCCAAGGAGAAUAUUCAUUCAUCCCAGUCAUACAAGAAUGAUAAAUAUUUCUGUGGAGACUGAUCUUUCAUCCCUGCAAAAAUCUUUUAUUUUAAUAAGCAGUUGGAAAUGUAUGUGGUUUGGCCAGAUCAUGGGCCACAUGACUUCGAUGACAUUGGUCUUCUCAGAGAAGUGUCUGGAGGUAAAAUUAAAUUUAAAAUGAGUGAAAGAGCAGUGAAAAUGAAAUGGAGCAAUUUGAAGAGAAAUAUUGCCAAUUGUUAUUAGGACAAAACCAUCUCCUACUGAAUACUUUUCAUCUUUAUUCUCUAUGAUAUUAUGUGCCAUGUGUAUCUGAGUAACUUUGUUGGUGGGAACUGAUUUUCAUUGGUUCUUUACUUGAGUUCAGUGAAUCUGCUAGGGUUAAAAUCUUUUCCAGGAUUAAUUACCCCAAGUUUUUAUUGAAGUUAGGAGGAGCCGCAUGGCUGUAUCUGAGGAACAAUUUGGCCCCUGCCAACAACAUUGUUGGAUAUUCUUGUGAUUGGCUUCCACAUUUCUGACUAGCAGCCCUUGAUAUAUGCUGCUUUGUCGUCUCCUCUUCUCACCCCUCUAUCCAGUCAAAGCACUAUUGUCUCUUUGAGCAUAAUUGUUUAAUAUUUAUACUCUUUGCCACCUUUUCAAAGUACUGGUAAUGGCAGGAGGUGGAAAGGGACAAGUCUUCUCCUGGCUGAGUUGGAUUCCUGUGGUCCCAACAAAGUUAAAUUUUAGUGUAGGUUCACGUAUGUACGAAGUGUGAAGAUUCACAGCAUUGUAAUAUGCUUUAAUUCAGUGAGCUUCCAUCCCCUAGAAUGACUGCCAUGAGCUGAAUAAGUAUUUCUUUAUUUGCUUAAUCUAAAUCACUUAUUGUGCUCCAGUGCCCUGCCGCUUCUGCGCGCAUUCAUAAAACUGAACUAACUCCUCCAUUGCCUUCCAGGUAAAAGCUGAAUGGGGAAUAGAUAAAGGGAAAGGUUACUGUUGGAAAUGUUUACUGUGCACACUUACUUCCUUUCCUCUGCCAGUUGGUUUUUGGAUGUUUGGUCUUUUCUGGUGAGUUAUAUGUGACUUUCAAGAUGGAUGGGAGCCAGCCGCAAGAUGAAGCAGCCUUGUUUUGGGGGGUGAUUUCACAAGGGAAAAAUGCUCUUUUUGUCGAAAGGUUAAUCAGGUAAUCUGUUGUGAGAAACCAGGAGCAUGUAUAUUUUUGUGCCUGGUCAGUUAUAGCAGUUGAUACAUACUGGUAUUCCCUUUUUUAUCCUUACCCUGAACCUCUGUGUGCCCCCACAAAACCUGAAACCUAGUACAGGCACUCCUCACUUAAUGACCGAGUUCUGUUCCUGCGACUAGGUCAUUAAGCGAAUUGGUCGAUAAGCGACGAGCCGCCCCUUGAUACUGCGUGCCUUGGCUUGAGACGCCGUGCUGCCGUUUCAAAGACCAAAGUGCUCGUACUUACGACCAAAGUUCUCGUACUCACGACCAGUUCUCGCUGGUCGUAAGUCCGUGUGGUCAUUAAACAGGUAGGUCGUUAAGUGAGGAGCACCUGUAAUGGAAAGUGAUACCAAUAAGCCUUUUUUCCCAUUCCCUUGGUGAUGCAUUUGGACCAUCCAGUAUCAUUCUGCGAUGUUUCUGCUCUGGCCUUUGGAGGAAACACAAAAGUGGGGAAUAGGAUUAGCAGCAUAGUCUACAUUGAUGAAGUUUAUGUAGCACAAACUGCACAAUGAAGGAAGAAUAUUGUGAAAGCCGUGAGUCCUGCACUGUAUCUGUGACACUGUAUCUUUUUUUGGGGGGUGGGGGGGAGGGAAGAGCAUUCUGAGAGGGGAUAGGGGGGAAGCUUGAAGUAUUCAAAUGUGUAUAAUAUUUUAUAUAAACAUAAUCUUAGUUCCCCUUCAUAAUCUUCAGUAAUGGUACUUAUACACCAUUAAGCAAAGAAUUGUUUUAGGGUUAAAUAAAUGUAUUGUACAUAAGGCCAUAUGUAAUCUUUUAAAAAUGUCGCCACACAGCAGCGAUAUGUAUUACUAUAUGAAAAAAGUCCUUAAUGCACUGUUAUCUCCUAAAUAUUUAGUAGUAAAUUAAUACUAUUUAAUUUUUUUAAAAAUCUGUCUUGUGUAGACACUAAAAGUAUUACACAAAAUGUGGGCAGAAGAUGUCCUUUUUAACAGCAAUUUAAAGAACUUUUUAUAUAUGUAAUGUAGUAUACUUUCAAAUUGUUCUAGCUGUAUUUUCCCAUGUUUACUAUUUGUGGACAUUUGCCUGUCUCACUUCAGUUAUUUUUUAUUAUUAUUAUUUCCUGCACGCAUCCCUCAUUUUUGUAGUUUUAUUAGAGAUUUCCGCAGCAGAGCUUUCCUGUUCUAGCUCUGUGGUGGGCACUUACAGCAGUGCCCCUGCUGAUGGACUUCAAGAACCACAGGGCAAAAUAUUUGUUUCCCAUUUUGCAGUUAAAGAGUUUACUGCUUUUAAGUUGUCCUGAUGUCACUCUUGAAAUGACUGUUAAAACAAAACUAUGAGUUCAUUGCAUUUAUUUUAUAUUCUUGGUUGUAAUGAAAUUAAAUUGACUUUGCUUCAGUGUGAAUUUUUUAAAUAAAAAUAAUAUACAUUUGUAAUAAUAAUAAAAUGUUCAAAUCAGAUAA